UCUUGGGGUUCGCAAAGCGCGAUCCCUCAGUCGGGAUGCCGGCCGCGUACCCUCUCCUCCAUUUGGUACCGUGAUGUUCAGUGAACGUGUGAAGCGUGUUUUAGAGACCAUUGGGAACCGUUCGCGGUUCUUCACCACGGUUUUCCUGGUUUCGACAUUCGCAGCAAGUGUUUGGACGGAUAACUCCACCGGUUCCGAGGGACCGAGUUUUACUGUGCCAAUAACAAACGUGACGAUCCCAUUGGGCAGAGAAGCUGUACUCGCUUGCGUUGUUGCAAACCUUUCUGCCUUCAAGGUAGCAUGGUUACGAGUGGAUACACAAACUAUUUUAACAAUAGCUAAUCACGUGAUUACAAAGAAUCAUAGGAUUGGAGUAACGCAUACUGAGCGCAAAACAUGGCAUUUACACAUACGCGACGUGAGCGAAUCCGAUCGAGGUGCCUACAUGUGUCAAAUAAACACCGAUCCGAUGAAGAGUCAAACCGGUUACUUGGAUGUUGUAGUUCCGCCCGAUAUUUUAGACUAUAUGACAAGUACGGAUAUGAUAGUCAGAGAAGGAAGCAACGUUACAUUACGUUGCGCUGCUAAAGGAUCUCCAACUCCAAAUAUUACAUGGAGACGAGAAGAUGGAGAAACUAUACUCCUUGGAAAUGGCGAAGAAGUGAGAAUUGUGGAAGGAUUUAUUUUCAAUAUCACUAAAAUAAAUCGAUUGCAAAUGGGUGCAUAUCUGUGCAUCGCUUCAAAUGGUAUACCACCUACAGUCAGUAAAAGAAUAAUGCUUACAGUACAGUUUAGUCCAAUGAUUUCAAUUCAAAAUCAAUUGGUUGGAGCACAAGAGGGACAAAGGAUGACUUUAGAGUGUAAUUCGGAAGCUUUCCCAAAGUCGAUCAAUUAUUGGACAAAGGAAAACAACGAAAUUAUAAAAAAUGGAGAAAAAUACAAUCAAACUUUCUCAUAUAAUGAGUAUAAAGUACACAUGAAACUUACGAUAUCAUCGGUGGAAAUGUCCGAUUAUGGAACAUACAAAUGCAUAUCAAAGAAUUCUCUAGGGGAAACAGAUGGCAGUAUUAAGCUGUAUCAUAUUCCAACACCAACGACACAGCCGAGAAUUACAACUACUACUCCAACCUCUACUAGUGAAGAAGUUGAAAAUAUUCAAAAUUCUCGACAAAGGCCAGAACCGAGUGUAGAACCUAGUCCACACCAAAUAACUGAUUCGUCGUUGCCUAACAUCGGUAGAACCGAUGAUAUACGGCUUCAUGGUAGGGCGAACAGCGGUAGCUAUAACGAUGGUGAAAACGCUGUAGUAACAAAAGGACGAAAAAGCAUCGACGGCGAGGUACGACCACGAAGAAUCGACAACACGGCACAAUCGAUGUCAUCCAGGGGUUCUAGUUUGAAUUUUCUGGUACAAUCUACAGCGGCCAUCUGCAUAAUCCUACUAUCUGCCCUGUCGUAGUCAUGUCAGUGUCUACCAGCGAAAAGAACGGUUAUUCGACGAAAAUCCUUCGGGGAUCAAGAUUCGUCCUGUUCAUCGUCAUUUAUCUCAUCCGCGAAAGGGAUCAAUUAAUGGGUGUGCUUCGAUGCCGCAAAUUUAUCGACAACUAUUGCCUUUGUCGUCGUUGUGACUGAAAUCAACGAAACAGUUUUUCUUGCUGCAAACUUUGCACUAAAGUUUGCAAAUUAGGCCAUUAAUGGAAUUUCUAGUAAUACCACUGACGAGAUACAGCGCCUCGUCGGUGAUAAUACAUUUGAAUACUUGUACCAGAUAUUCGGCAAUGUGAUUACACCUUUGCGUAUUCGCAGAAGUUCGUAGACUCUAGCUGUAACUAACAAAUUGUACAAUUCACUUAGUAAUCUGCUCGUUACACGUAAUUCAUAUGUGAAUAACCAUUUUAAGUUUUU